AUGAAUACGAUCGAUGUCCCUAAUUGCCGUAUAUCCUCGGCCGGUCGAUUAGCUGAGGACUACACCAAUGCUGCGAACAUUCAGGAGAUCUCUGCAGCCUCUAUAAACGAACUCUUGGUCGACGACUCUGCUCUUACGCCUAUCUCGGCAGCGCAGGCUGACGCAGCUUCGCCGCAACUUGGAAAGACGCGCUCGAUUGCUCUCCCCGACUUGGGAAGCUCGUCUUACACCCCACCAACGAUUUUCGACGAGGACGCUAUACAAGCCCCACGGACCCCUGCUCUGGUAGCUAAAGAAAGCCUGGCUCGGGGCAUGUCCCUUCUCGAACUCGAGGUACUAAACUUUGAUGAUGCGAACGGCGAAAUUGCACCAUGGGACACAGGCAGUACCCUGAGAACAUCGGCGACCAAGUCUCGGACCACGCGGACCAAGGGCAUCGCACCUUAUCGCAAGCUCAGCUCUCGUGCCAGGAAGCACAAGAAGAACUCGCCCGUGCACAACGGUCUUGACGGGCUCUUCUCCGGCGAUGAUGAUGGCAGCCUCCUCCUGCGCAGAUCGUCGGCGCCGUUUCCCGCUCUCUCUGGGCGUACCGACGGCAAACUCCCUGAGAUCGUCACACUUGACCGCACGAGCACGCUCGUGAACAAGGGUGGGUUUGCGAGACUGUACGACGACCACGUCACUGACAAACAUUUCCGUCCCAGAUCAAAAGCCCUACUCCGUUCGGAGCCCUCCGUUGACUGUGAGGAUCCUGGCGAGUUAGCCGACGACGAAGACGAGACUGAGGGACAAGUGGAUGGACUCGCGAGCACGAUGCGCUCGGUGAUGCUGAACAGCGAUUCAACUUGA